UUUUCGAUCCGAGAGCAACACAGCACUCGGGCGUAUCUGUCGGCGCGAUUUUUCCUCGAUAAACGUACAAUCGAUAGGCGGAAAAAUGCCUUUCGUCCUCGGCACGAAGCAGCUGACGGUGUUUUUCGUCAUACUGAGCAUAAUCUGUCUGCCGCUGAGCAGUCGCAUCACCCUCCGAUCGCUAAUAUGGAACGACAUGAAGGCACUGUCUUCGACAAAGGGCUCGUACUGCCUCUCCAAGGAUCCCAUCAUGCCGUUUGACUUUAGCAAGUUUUCUCAGGCCAAUCACGAUCAGGAGGUCAUGCUCUCGGAGACGAUGAACGAGACGCUGCGACUGCACAUCUGCGACGAGCUGGCCAAGCCUUGCCGCGGCGAGAAGGGAUACGCCAUUUGCCUGCAUCAAGAGGGACAAGAAGAGAUCGGCCUCGGCAGGGAACCGCCAGAAGUCGACUCUCGAUACGAAAAAAUCUUAUUCAAAUACACGGGCGAUCGAUGCGACUCCGAGUCAAAUUACACGGUCGAACUGGAGUUCAUAUGCAACUACGAUUACCGAGACGAAGUAUCUCUGUCCAUUGUAAAUCUUGACUUCGAGCACUCGUGCCACGUUAUAAUCGAUCUGCAAACGAUAAAGGCAUGCCCCGCGCCCAGGACACCCAACUGCACGUUCUAUCAGGGCCAGGAGAAGUUCGACCUGUCGAUGCUGCGCAACCACUACGACAAUUACGAGAUCAGCACGGCCGAGUCGGGCCCGAGGCAGCACAGCCCCAUCAUGCUGAACGCGUGCGGGCCCCUCGUGCAGAACAACACCCACUUCAAGGCGCCCGGCUGCGGCCCCGAGAGCACGGCCUGCUUCAUCGACCGCAGCGACGGGGCCAACCCGGUGCACCGGAGUCUGGGCAGGCUCGGGCCCAACACCGGCUUCUACAUGAGCGACCACGAGAUCCGCUGGGUCAUGAGCGACGGCGACCCCUGCCCCUACAACGAGAGCCUCAACUACACGACCGUCGUCUCCUUCCUCUGCAACCCCGAGAAGAUCCUCAGCCAUCCGCAGUACGUGAGCGGCCUGGGCCAGUGCUUCGUCCAGAUCAUGUGGUACUCGUCGCACGUCUGCCCCGAGUGGAUCCUGAGCCAGGCCUCGGGCCGCGAGCUCGCCCGGCCCUGCACGAUCCGCGACCCCGAGACCCUCUUCGAGUACGACUUGACCAGUCUCAGAGGCCAAGUCUUCAAGACGCAGACGAGCGACGGCGGCGAGUUGGAGAUGGCCGUCUGCGGCAACCUCGGCGCCAAGAGCAUCUGCAGCGACGGCUCGGGCGUCUGCAAGGUCCUCAAGGGCCAGUCGUCCGGCGUCUCGGGCGGCAUCGGCAACAGCCACCUCUACUGGAAAAAAUCCGGCCCCUAUCUCAACUACACGAGCGGCGACUCGUGCUCGCCGCUGCAGCGCCGAUGGACCAGCAUCGAGUUCAAGUGCGGCCCCAGCGACAGCAGCCUCGAGGUGGAGUCCGAUCAUCCCUGCUAUCAGCGCAUCUUCUGGACGACUCCGCUAGUUUGUCGCAAGCCUUGCACCAGCAAAAAGUUUGGCCUGCCGCUGGGUCAUCUCACCAACGAUCUAGAGGACUACGUGGUCGAGCACAACGAGACGACUUAUUACUUGAACGUCUGCAGGGAACUCGUCAAUCCUCCUCCGGGAUGCCCCAAGAACUCGAGCGCGUGUGCGAUCGGUCCCAAAAAGACGGACGCGGCCAGCGGCAAUUUGGGAACGUCGAGCACCGAGCCGGAGCUCCACGACCCCAAUACGCCGCUUCUUGGCUUUGUCCACGGCGACACCUGCGUCGAGGAUCCCACGCAAAACUAUUCCGCCAGAAUCAUUUUCACCUGCGACCAUGAAGUCAACAUGAGCUACCCGCAAUAUUCGAUCUACUUCGAUUGCAUCACUUACUUCGAGUGGCCGACCAUGUGGAGUUGCGGCAACGUCCACGCCGAUUUGGACGAAACGACUUACAAAAUCGUCAACACCUUAGGGGACGAGUGGGAUUUGUCGCCGUUGAAAGACUACAAGGCCGAUAUACACCGCCUGUACAAGUUGGCGCCCUUCAGCCUCACCAUGUUCAACCGAAGCAACUGCCCGGGCGGCUCCUUCAUCUGCGAUUAUCGCCAAAACUACGGCCGAGAGAUCCGUGUCAUGACGGAUUAUUCAACGGGCACCGUCCAGCUGUUCUUCAGCAACGGUAGCAUCUGCGAUCGCAACGCAAGAGCCGUAAAAAUCGCCAACUCCUGGAGGUCCAACAAGCUGUCCGCGAUAAUCGUGAUGAAAUGCAACGCCACAGCUGGACUAGGACUCCCAGUCAUCGUCGGGGAGGACAUAUGCUCGGUCGAAUUCGAAUGGCAGACCGAUGUAGUAUGCAGGGAUCGAGAAAACGAAAAAAUCCGGCCUCCUUCUGGCCGAAAUGCUCCUCGCAAUGAAACGACGAGUCACUGGCCUACAAUAUUUAUUAUCGUAUCGGUCUUCAUUGUCAUGCUAGUAGUAGGAAUUUGGUGGAUUUACAAGACGGAUUCACUCAGACAGAGGUUCAUUGUGUUCUAUCAUAGAUGCCGUCAUUUUCGUCAAGCACCUGCACCAGGCAAUGUCUCACGCGAAGAUCUAGUUAUGGAAUAAUAGUAAAUUUUAACGAUGCGUUUGUUUGUUAAAAUGAAAAUGUAAAAUACAAUAUUUAUUUUUUAUAGGAA